AUUCUAUUUCGCCGCUCGAUCGCGCUCGCACGGAAACGGGAUUCUGUUAACGGAAGAGGGUUCGUGGUUUUAUAACGAUUUUUGUAACAGGCCAAUGUGUACGGAUGGACCGCGUGUAUGCGACUCGUGCGUCGGUCGUGUGUCGCUCCGUGCGUAGUGCGUACCCUACUCAGUUGCGUCCACAGCAUGCACUAGAAUAGCCGCAAGCGCUUCCCGCUCGUCGAGGCUCGUUUACUUCGUGAACUGUUACUACAUAAACGCUCAUGGAAUUGUGUAAUCGCAUCUCGUACGUCAUCUAAAUUCGUGGCGACCGGUACGCUCAAAUUUAUUAAUUUCCUAAUUUUGUUAUCCAUUUGUACUCCGGUCCAGUUUUAUAGCAACGCUUGUGUCGGCGACUCGUAUUUUUUGAUCGUCGUAUGUGUGCUUUAACUUUGUUUAACUUUUUUAUCGUAACGAGCACUGACAUGUGAUAGCGGUGAUAAGUGUCGAACGAGAUAAGGUCUUUAGUAAUAUUUGCAUUCUAUACCAGUGUAAACGUAUCGCGCUUAGUUGAUUGCAUAAAAUGCUUUCUUAAUUAUAAACCUAGUGAUCUAAUUUGAAACAUAAUGUGUAUAUGACUGAUGCGCCAGCGCCGGUAUAAGUGUAACGCUGAGCCUAUUUUCGUAGCACGGAAAUAAGAGCGGCAAAAGGAGCAAAAAGCUAUGUCUGCUUGAAAAACUUGAGGACGUUGUGUUGAGUGUAUUUCUGUCUGUUGUAAGCUGAUGUAUACAACCGCUUAGUGAUUCCGUGUUUGUUCUAUCAAUAAGAUGAAGAAACGAACGAUAUCGAAGCUAAAAUCAUUGUUUGGUUCCAAGAAAAGUAAACGUCAACAACAAGAAGUAUCAGCAAAGUCGUCUCGUUCUGCGUCCCCAGAGCCGGCGGGGGAUAGUUCCCCGUGCGAGUCGUACCGGCCGCUGUUGAGGACACCCCCGCCGAGCCAUGUAGGACCGCCGCCCUCGCCGCCGGUGCCCACCAACCCCGUGGCCCCUGUGGCGCCGCAGCCCGCGGGCCCGCUACCCCUUAUGCCCUGUCCCGUUUGCGCCCGCACCUUCGUACCACAGUCCCUCGCCAAACACGUAAAAAUUUGCGAGAAGACCAUGGCUAAGAAGCGAAAGACCUUCGACUCAUCGAGGCAGAGACGUGAAGGGCUGGCAACAACGAGCUAUCCCAGUUCCGGCACAGAUUUGGAACAGUACUUGCCAAAGAAUUUCGGUCUUCCAGAGAACAGCCCCUUCCUCGAGAAGAGCCCGCCGAAUACUGCCAAGCCGACGCCCAAACCCAAACCACAGUCAGUUAGGAGCACAAUAAAAAAGCCAGCAGCGGAGCUACAGCGGUGCCCGCACUGUUCCCGCGCGUUCGGCGUGCGCGCGUUCGAGCGCCACGUGGAGUGGUGCGCGGACAAGGCGAAGAUCCUGCCCGCCGCUGCUGCCGCGCCUCCGCCACCGCACAUCGCCGACGCCAAGCAGCGCCUCAACGCCCGCACCCAGUACAGGGCGCCGCUCGCGCGCGGCAGGAAGUCAUCGCAGUCCCGCGACAAAACGGCCAGCCGGUCGACAUCAGUGGACUCUUCCCGCGGGGUAUCGCCUCCGCCGCCGCGAGAGUUCGGCGACUACAAGCAGGGCCGCACCAGAACAUCCGAGUCAAUGUCGAGUAACGACUGCCACGAAGACAGCGCACCUCAUGUGCCUGUCAUAAGAAAUUCAAGAACAACUCAAAACAAUUCAGGCGAUGCGAAUGUUAAGGCGAGACAGGCGAGACUUGCGAGAGACAUUAGUAGUACUAGGCUUGACGACAAUUAUGAUCCCUUCGCGUCUGCAGCUAGACAAAUGAAAGAGCUCAUGUCGUCUGACACAAAUAUACCUAAAAAAAUGCAAACCUCUGCCAAAGAACUAAAUAAAACCCUUCCCGUCCUUCGCCCAAAUAAAGAUAAAAUAUCACCUUCGCAUCUAACAAACAAUACUAAAUUAAUGAAAGAUACACUAAAUAAGACUUAUCAAAAAACACCCACGUUACAGAGAAUGAAAUCAUUCGGAAGUCCCAGUAACGAAAAUAAAAGUUCAUUCGGUGGUAGAUGUAGUUCGUUCAGAAUAAACAGAAAUGAUAAAAAUUCUAGUCAAAAAUUAAACACAACGUUCACUAAAACCAGCAAAGAAAAUAUUAGUACACCAGACAGGACCAAUUUUAAUAGGAGUAGUAAUUUAAAUAGAUCGUUUUCUAAUUAUUCUUCCAAUUACAAUUCGCCCAAGUUAAAAGAUAAAAUUCCUAAAAUAGCACCAUCCAUGUAUCAUAGUUUUCAACGCACGACUAUAAAACAACCUCUUAAACUUGAUAAGAUAAAAAAUGACGAAGAUAGGAAAAAUUUCGUUAACCUUGAUUCUAUUUUAUCAUACGAUAACGCUUCUAUGACCGACAGUAACUACAUAGAUCCCAGGCUGAUCAAUGAAAACGAUAAUUUACCCAUAAACGUUACCACUAUUCUUAAUAAUCCAGACAUAAUCAGUAGCAUGGAGUCAUUACUCACUACGGAAAAUCUUCCUGCUAAGUUUGAUUCGUUUAACUUUAAUGAUAAAAACAGUAAAAAAUCUUUGGCACAAAUUAAGAACGGAUCAAUUAAAAACAAUAACACGAACAAUACUAAUGCAGCCUCUUUAAACGAUCUUAAUUCACAAUAUGAAAAAUUUAUGUCUUCCUUAGAACAAAGUAUAAAUUCAAAGACAUCGGUUAGGGACGAUGAAUCUCUUUGCCAAGAUUUCGAUCUAGAAGAGUUUAUGACUUCCUUUGACGAGGAGGUCAAUAAGCAAAAAAGUGAAAAGAAACGCACAUAUAGUUCUACAACUAGGAUAGUUAAGCAAUCUGAUAUUUUCGAUACGCACAAAACUUCCAGUAUAAAUGGUGAAAGUACUCCUAUUGCCAAAACUUUAAAUAAUAAUGGUAUGAUACCAGUUAACAAAUCGAUGUCUCUUGUUUUUAGCAAUAAUAAUAUAAAGGGCGAAAACCUUUUCCCAUCCUCCGUCAAACGCUCCACAUCCCUCCUUGAUUCCAUACAGAAGAGAGGCACGCUGAAGGCAGACGCCUCGAAGAACCGCCAUAAAGCGGACCUGCUCGAACAGGACGUAAUGCAAUCUCUAAAGGACUUUGAUAAAUUCUAUGAGUCGGAGAAAAUAGAAAACAACCAACCCAGUAAAGAAAUAAUAAGUACCAAGAAUGUUCACAAUACGACCAAAAAGGAAUCACGAUUGAAGAUCGAAAAGAAAAACAAUAAAAAUGAACAAAUUUCGAAUGGUCAUUUCUCCCCCGGCGGAAAGCCCAGCAACGAUUCAGCGUAUAGCAGGUUAGUCAGCUUAAACAGGAUAUCUCCAUCAAAAUUAUCGCUGUGUAACUCCAAAGAGCCGACCGACUCUGAAGCACCGGAGCGAAGCCAAGCCGGCUCGGAGUCUGUCGACAGUCACAAAGACGAGGUCAGGUCCGUCUCCAGCGAGGAGUUCCUCGCCAUGGAGCGAUCGGCAGAGAUGAGCGAGCCAAUACCCAAACUAGACGCACAAUACAAAGAUCUCGGCAGCCACACGUUAAGCGAAAAGCGUGUUAGUUCCCGAGCGUCGUCGCAGCGCAGCGGGGUAUGGCGGUCGCGGCAGGAGCUGAGUUCGAGUGGGUCGGAGUCCUCUGUGCACGCGGAGCCGCCGCCCGCGCGCCUCUCGCGCUUCUGUCACGAGUGCGGCAGCCGCUUUCCUGUCGACUCCGCCAAGUUCUGCAUCGAGUGCGGUGUGCGCCGGCUGCUCGUCUAGCUGCUCUCUCACACAUCUAUCGAAGCUUUGUCUAGUCUAUGACGCGUGACGUCAUCAUGGCGGGAAUUCAACAUGUUAACAGUUGCUGUCAGCCGAAAUGAAAAUUCGAUCUUUUAUUAUAAAUCGAUUGUUUUAAUUACUUUGUAUGAAAUAGCGUACAGAAACUAUUUGAUCGCCGUCUAAAUCGAUCCAUCAUGUUUAUCGAUUUCUAUUACGAUCGUUAGAUUGGUUCAACCAAAUGAAUUAUUAAAAAUACCCCGGAUGUAAAAAUUAUUCAAGAUCGAAUAUUGAGAGAUUUAAUGAUAAUAACGAAUGCUAAUGAAAUAGUUCGUUAUUCAUUAGUUUCAAAUCUUUCCAACUCUAUU